AGUUUGCAGUUUGUCUCCAAGAGCUGACAAGAUGAGAACCUUUAUAGUUUUCCUUUUCGUAUAUUUUGCAUUUGGUACGGUACUUUCUUUAACAAGUUGUGGAGGUGAUGGAGACUGCUCAUCAGGGGAGCAGUGCAGAAAAGUUUCUAGCUCAUGCUCUAAAGGGUUCUGUACUUGUAAAUCAGGAUACAGCAAAACAAGUUCAUCAUGUAAAAGGGAGAGGAAAAUAGAUGAAAGUUGCUCUUCGAAUGAUAUCUGUUCCACAAUAGGUUCGGAAUGUUCAUCUGGAAAAUGUAAAUGUAAAAGUGGCCAUAAACUAUCACCUUCAAAAAAGAGAUGUUUUCCUGACAGUUAUAAACUGAUAGGAGAAAGUUGCACGCCAAAUCUUCAUUGUGUGGGUAAUUCAAUUUGCUCUAGUUCAAAGUGUACUUGUCCCGCUGGAAUGAAAACUUCGAGUAGUUAUCCGAAAGAGGAAUGCAUUCCUCUUGCAAAAUCCAAAGGAGAAAGUUGUUCUUCGAGUGGCGAUUGUAGUAAUGAAUCUAACUUGUCAUGCAUAAAGAGCAAAUGCGAAUGUGCAACAAAUUAUGUUUGGAAAUCUGUUCAAAGUUUCGGAGAAACUAGAACUGUAUGCUUACAUAAAGAUGCUAAAGUUGGACUAGAGAAAGGUAACUCAUGCACCGAAAAUAACAAUAGCAAUGGUAAGUAUUGUUCAAGUGGUCUCGUGUGCGUAACUUGUCCGGGAGAGACUCAACAAAAAUGCCAACCAAGUAGUGCAUCAUAUCCAAGAAUAAAUUCGAUACUCUUUGGAGUAAGUAUCAUUAUUUUAGGAAUGAUAAUCAAUCAAUGAGCAGAAGAAGAAGAAGAGAAGAAAUAUUUAUAGUUUCUACCACAAAAAUUAAGAUGAAAUCUAAGUUAUUUAUUUCAAUGAAUUAAAGAAUAAAUGAUGUUGUUUUGAAUGUUUGUGAUUUAGUAGUAAUUUCAAGUGAAAGUAAUUCAAAAGACGAAUUGUAAAUUGUAUCUUACGAUUCUGAUGUCGAAUUCAUUACAUAUUAUAAUUACAAGAUACACAUAGAAAUAAGUGGACAAUAUAUAUUGUAUACAUUCAUCAAUAAGUUGGUAUUUAGCCUUUAUCUCUCCUUCCUGCUUCAUUUUAGUUGAUGGGAUGUUUUUUCAGUCUCAAAUAAAAACUAUAAUGAAACCUUUACAAUUUAUACAGUAUAUAUAUAUGUAUUGUUCUAAAUCUAUUAUAAACCAUUUAUACGGUGUAUACUCUAUCGUAUAAGAUGUUGUUUUUAUAUUUUACUAUAAAUAUAACAAUAAAUGCUUUCACUUGUCUUUAUAUUUGCAAAAAUCAUUUAUUUUAAUUUAUCUUUAAGUAAAUAAAAACUUCAAAUUUUG